AGUCUCGAGUUUCAGUUUUCUGUUAGUCUUGAUGACUUAUUCACUUUUUAAACAGCUUCGAACUUUACCCGGAGUCAAUUUGAUGAAUUUCUCAUUGGCGUGUUUGUUUGCAGACUUAUUGUACCUGUCAGCAGCUGCAGCAAGCGGUGCACCGAAGCUCAUAUGCGCAGUGAUCGCUAUGUUAAUGCACUAUUUCUUUCUGGUGUCCUUCACCUGGAUGUCCAUUAUCGCGUUUGAAACGUGGAGGACUUUUUCCACAAUUAGCAUCCAGCGUAGAAAUCUGACCAAGAGAGAGAAACGUCAUUUUUUACUGCGAAGAAUUGCCGUGGGAUGGCUUCCCGCUGCGGUUUUCGUCGCAGUGUGUGCAGUAUUUCACCAAUCCCAGCCGCUAACUUUUCGUUACGGUGCUACUUCGACCAACUUCUGCUGGAUAAACAAGCCAAUUGCGAUAUUGUUCUCGUUUGUUCUGCCAAUAGCUUUCACCAUAUUGUUCAACAUAGUAUUCUUUGUCUUAACUGUGAUAGCUAUUUGGAAAACAAACCAUCAAGUGAGAGAAGCAACAUACCAUGCAAAAAAUCGCACAACUGCGGCAGUGUUCUUUAAAAUAUUAAUUUUAAUGGGCUUCACAUGGAUUUUUGGUAUUUUGCAACCCAUUCACAGCAGUUUUUCAUACCCAUUUGUAAUGUUUACCGCUUUCACGGGACUGUAUGUAGCGCUUGCGUUUUUGUUUACGCCAAGAAUCAAGAGUUUAUAUCGCGACUUGUUGUGCACCUAUAAAAGGGUGAGUCGUGUUACCCCAGUAGUAAAUAACUGCGCACCUAUACAUAGAAGGUAAAAAGACUACAAACAGUCCGAUAUAUUAUCUUAAUACGAAAACAUAGUGAAGGCCCGGUAGAAAUUAGAAAUUCGCUGCCAUAAUUCAUGCUGUCAGGCCUUCACAGAUGGUAACAUAUGGUCGCCUUUUUUUCUUUUGAAAUGAAAUUGUUGUAGUUUGAAAAUGCAAAAAGCUGUUCCUGAAGAUGAAUAAAGAUGAAGAUGAAUAAAG